CCCCGAGGCCGGUGUCCUGCAGCGCAUUGAGCUGGUUCGUUGCUCGGCAAACGAGAAGCGGAUCGAGUGAAGCAUGGCUUCUUCUCGCAUUGCAGCAGUUCUCCUCCUCCUCGGAGUGCUUUCUGCCGCGCCAUUGGCAACCGCUAAAACCUUUGAUUUCUUCUACCUCGUCUUCAUGUGGCCGGGAGCAUACUGUGCGCAGUCUGGGUGUUGUGUUCCGACCACCGGACUGCCUGCCGACGAUUUCUUCCUCAGGGGACUGUGGACUUAUAAUGCCACGACUAUGGAGUCGGUCACCAAGUGCAAAAAAAAUUCACCCUUUUACAUCAACCAACUCUCGGGCUUGCGUGAAGAGCUAAAUUCAUAUUGGACCAAUAUCAAAUGCCCAAGCACCGAUGGUAAAUCUACGUGGAAGAGCACAUGGAAGUCGUAUGGUGUAUGCUCGGGCAUGAACGAGACCGAUUACUUCCAAUUCGCAUUGAAACUUCGAGCCAAAGUUGACUUGCUCUCACUCUUGAAAAAGCAAGGUAUUUAUCCAGAUUAUAACUUGUAUAAUGCUACUGAUAUCCAAAGCGCUAUUGUCGAGGGGAUUGGAGUGACACCUGAAAUCCGAUGCAGCAAGGGGCCAUUCAACAAAUUCCAACUCUAUGAGGUUUACAUUUGUGUCGACAAGGAUGGGGCAUUCAUGGAGUGCCCUGGCUCUCAAGGGUUCACAUGUUCCUCCUCCAUUCUUUUCCAUCCCUUUCGCUAUUGGAUGAUGAAUCAGACUUCUACUAUUGAUUCCAACCAUAUUAAGAUGCCCAUCUCCAUGGAGUGAUCUAGAUGUUUGAGAGAGAUCAACUUUGAUCGUUUUUAUUUCCUUUGAAUAAAUUCUCUACUUGUCCAUCAAAUAAGACAAGUUCCUCUCUCUCCUUGGUUAGUAUUUGAAGUGAUAAUAUUUAUGGACUAAUGGAUUAGUACGGAAGCACGUAGCACAUAUUGUAUGUA